AUGUUCCUUUUUUGUCUGUUGCUUGUCUUAGUUUCUUCAAAACGUCUUAACACAACACUUUCGAUCGACAGCCCUUGCCUUACAGACCUUCGUGCAGAAAGUUUGAAGUAUAUAGGGAAAAAGGGUCCAGCAGGUAGAAAGGCUUUUAUAUAUAAGAGGUGUUAUGAGAACGUACCUGAUAAAGACUAUAGACUGAUUUCAUUAUCAACACAUUCAGGGUGUUACAUAUCACAUCAAUCCUUUUAUCAAGUUGUUGGUAACAUAAGCAUCCCAAGGUGUGGGUCGUGUAUGGAGAUCAUAGGACCUUCAUUGAAGAGUGCUACAUGCACUGUCAUUGGUUCUUUUGCAAUGAUUUUCGAUGACAACGCCACCAAAGUAGCUGACUACAAUUCGUAUGUGAGAACUUUCUUUGUUGAUGACCAGUUAUAUCAAUACUAUUCAGGCUUAAAGAAUGAAGAUACAUUAGGAGAUGCUAUUCCUGUCGUCUCAAGAACAGUUGAUUGUCCAUAUAAAGCUUUUCCGAGUGCUAUAAUUACAGACUUUGUGACUGACCCAACAACCCAAAUACAAUACGCACAUUUCAUGUUAUACAACACAAACCAAGUCAUUGCAAAAAUCAUGUUAAACAACUGGAAUUUUUUUAUCAACGACACAACAAUGAAAUACACAAUCCCCGUAAUAAAAAGUGACACCAAGUUGUAUUUGAAAAUAUACGACUUGUUUUAUGGGCACUUUAAUAUUCAAUUUUCGUAUAUCCAAGGCGUUGAUUUCGUUUCAAAUUCGAUGACUCAAAAUCACUUCAAAAUUCAAAACUGUUAUUUGAGACUCAACAAAGGAUUCAGAUACAAAGUG